AUGAAGGAAAAAUUUGGCGGUUACAAUUUCAAUGUCAGCACAUCAGAAUUAGUAGCAGUAUUAAGAAGCAUGGGUGAUAAGGUGCAGUGGCCAAAAGAAAUGAGAUCAAAUCCAAAUAGACGAAAUCCUGAUUUCUGGUGCGAGUUUCAUAAUGAUCAUGGUCGCAAAACGGCAGAUUGUAGAUUGUCGCAAGGUGAAGUUGACCAUUUAUUAAAACAAGGAUAUCUUACUGAAUUGUUUAGUGAAAAAGGUAAACAAGCAUACAUGAAGAACAGGCAAGAGCCCCCUAAACCUCCUUCUCCAAAAAGGACCGUCAACGUUAUAAGCGGAGGAGAAGAAAUUAAAGGCGUGACAUACACGGCAGCCAAGAAAGUUUCAAAGGUCACAAUUACACACAGGAAGCGGGUCCGACAUGUUUUGGAAGAAAAAAGUAUUACAUUUGAUGAUGCAGAUGCAGACGGCGUGCUAACUCCACACAACGAUGCACUGGUAAUAUCUCUAGUUGUACAUGACACUAACGUGAAACGAGUUUUGAUUGAUCUAGGUAGCUCCGUGAACAUCAUUUUGCUAAGAGUAUUAAACGAGAUGCAAGGUGAAGAUAAGCUAGUACCCAAGGCGCAUACUUUAUCUGGCUUUGACAAUUCAAGCGUCGUAACAAAAAGGGAGGUGUUAGCUAAUCUUGCAUCUGCAGCGGAAGUGACAAAUGAUGAAAAUGCUUCUAUAAUUCAUUUAUUCCAUUCAGUACUUGAUCAAGACAAAAAUGAGUAUGGAAUUGUCCCUGAAGAUAAGAAGAAGGCUCACGCGAUUCGUAAAAAACUGCUCGGUACUGUUUAA